AGCUUCCGCUUUGGCUUCGCACGAUGCUGCUCGCGCACGCGCCGUCCGGUGGACGCCGCACUCCGCCGCCGCCCGGUCUCGUCACCAGUGUGGUCAGUGCCCUGCGAGCACCCUCCAACCACCCGGCCGCCGCAGCGGCCGCGCACGCGGCCGCGCCUGGUCCGCUGCACCGAGCCCUUUGGCGCUCGGCCGAGCCGGAGGCCGUGACACGCCGAGGGCCGCCCAGCACAUCGGGCACACCGCCCCUUCCUCCAGGCCUCUUACCACCCAGCGGCUCGCGCAGCAGUACCGAGACCCAAGCGCCCGAGCGGCCGCCGGUGGUGCGCUUUGCGAGCGCACCACAGGUGGUGCGACAGCAGUUGCAGGAGUAUGUGGCGCAGAGGGUGGCGAAUGGAUCUGCCAUGGAUCACUUGCCUGGAGAGCCGGCCGAACAGUUGUCGGGUCUCUUGGCCUUAACACCUGGAAGCGUCUCGCGAGAAGAAGGCUACAGCGAGCUGCUGGACGUCUUAGGCGCGAUCAGUGCAGCGGCGCGCCGUCAGACCUUAGAGCAUCAGCAUCAACUUCAACAGGAACGUUUGCUGGCCGCGGAGCGCCUGGGCUUCUUCGAGUCUCAAGCGCAGGAGAUGCGCGACGAGCUGGCGGGGCUGAAGAAAGAGCUCAAGGACAGCGAACUCCUGCUGCGCGAGAGCCGCGCCGAGCAGAGCGCCGAGGUGGCGCUCAAGGCGCAGUUGGCGGAGGAGCGGCGCAAGGCCAAGGAACAAUUGGAAGUCCAAGAGCAGUUGGAGCUGAAGCUGAGAGAACGCGAAGACGAGCUCCAGGCAGCACAGCGGCGGGCCGAGCAGCGCGAGAAGGUGCACGCGCAGCAACUGGCUGAGCUCAAAGAACGGCUCCAAGAGUUUUACGAGGCGCAGCACCAGCAAGAGGUCAAGGAGCUGAUCGUUGCAGCGGCACAGGAGGUGAACCUGUUGCCCCGACCAGAUGACCUUGGGCGCGCGCAGAAGACCUCGGGGCCAGGGAAGGAAGAUGCGAAUGACGAGGAGAUGGAUGCUCGACACGACUCCGCCGAACUGCACCGUCACGAUGCGCGCCAACGGUUCUUGUCCCCCUCGCUGCUGUCGAGUGCUGAGCCCAACAGUGCAGAGCUCAGCAGCUUUAUUCUGGAGGAGGCCAACAACGCCGCAGACAUCGCCCGCUCCGCUGGGCUCUUGGAGUGUUCACCGCUCUCGGCAUGUGAUCCAAAGUCGGACCAACUACGAGGCUCCUUGCUCUCUUCUUUGGCACCUUCCUCCGAAGCACCGCUCCUCGAGCCAAGCCCCACCGAGAGCACCCUGAGCGCCGCCCUGGCCCCACGCUCCCCGCCCACGGUGGCGGCGCAGCACUCGGCGCCCAGUGCGCCGGGCACUGGUAGCAGCCUCGCCUUCAGCAGCAGCGAGGGCUCGCAGGUGACCCGUGGUCGGCCCCUGAGCCGUUCGCGGCCGCCGUCGCCCGCGGAGGAGGCGCCUCCUCGUGGCUACGUGGCUGAGAAGAUCAUCUUCUUCGACCGCGGCGCCACACCGCCGCCCAAGGGCGGCGGCACCGCCGCGCACGUGCCCACACCCUUGGGGCGGCAUGUGCUGCCACGGCCGGAGGCAGCCCGCAAGAGCCCUACGGUGGUUCCACAGGCACCGGAACCGGCGGCACCGCUGGAGCUGGUGGCCUCGCCACCCACCCACAAGGAGUGCCGAAGGCGGCUCUCAUACCCUGAAGAGCCACCUGGGACGGGAAGGUAGCAUCGCCAGAACGCGCCGAUUCGGUGGGAGCGCCUUCCGAGAAGACGGCGACCGUUGGGGCCACGAGUAGUAG